AUGGGAUCGCCAGUCAAUGAACUCACUCAAACCCCAUCAUCUUUCCCCAUCUCCACAUCUCUUCGUGCUGAUUUCGACACCGAUACAACCUCAGAAAGGAUGGAGGAUUUCAACAUCCCUAGCAACGAAAGAAUCACUCUGCUAAAAGCUUUCCAAGAAGAAGUAGGAGAUGUACCUCCAUACUUCUGGGCUUUCUGUCAAGUGUGUGACCUUCAGGCACUUCAAAAACUUAUAGACAUUGCUCGCAUUUCCCCUGUCAUGGUUCGUAUUUUUGCGGCACAAGCCUUUACAACAGUAUUGUACUGGACACAAAGUAAUCAAGGAACAUCGCGUGUUUCCACUCCGAACAUAACACAAUUGAAACGGGGCUUGGGCUCAUCUUCAACCAAUUCUCCGCUUGCUAAGAGGCAAAAAACGACGGAUUCGCCUGUCAAUUCCCCCCUUGCUGACAAGCAGACGAAUACCAGUUCCCCUGUUAGUUCGCCCUCGUUGCAUAGAAGCAGGGCCGCCUCGGAUCUGGCUAGAGAUCGUGACCACCAUUGCUGUGUGCUUACUGGCGAUUCAGUUAUCGAAGUAGCUCAUAUAUACCCCUUCUGCCGAAUAUCGACCUCAGAAGAGAACAUUUUUGGGGCGAGACACAUGUUUUGGGAAUAUUUGAGAAACUUCUGGUCAGAGGAGAAAGUGGCUGCUUGGAAAGCGGACAUUUUUCCAAGAGGGCUAUCUGAAAUAGGAGACAAAAAAGUUGAUAAUCGAAUAACAUUGUCAAAGACGGCACAUGUCCAAUGGAAUCGAGGGGCGUUUGCCUUGAAGCCAAUUUCUAUCUCCGACGAGAAAACCACAAUAAAAGUCCAGUUUUUUUUGGCAGAAGAAACAGGCCAACAUCCAAUCAACUAUGAAUCUUAUGACAACACCUAUGUCCACCGAGAACCUCGAUCACAAUGAGGGUGCAUUUGAUUACGGCUAUACAACAUUAUACUGCCUGGGCGGCAAAGCCAUCAAAUCCGGCCAAAUCUUCGAACUCAAGACUAGCGAUCCGAUAAAGCAACCCCUCCCAAGCUUCAAGCUCCUUGAACUCCAAUGGGCUUUAAUGCGUGUGAUAGGUAUGGCUGGGGCUGCCUUUCCCUAUGAACCAAGUUCUGGAGGCGAUUCGGACGCGGAUAUUUAUGGGUUGGAUUUAGAUGAAGUAGGAGACACAUCUGUUCUUUCGGAGAAUCUGCAGGGAAACCCGCUAGAACUGCCGUGCGGAUGACCCUAAGCAUUAUACAGAGGAAGCGAAGGGAUAGUGUAGGAAUGGGUACUGAUUGUGUAGCAUAAAGGAAAUGUGAAGUAGAAGGUUUGUUUUGGGGAUUCGAAGAACAUGUUUUAAUCUUCUCAUUUGCUAGAGAGGCUAUGUUUGCUAAAGAGAGGCUAUGUAUUAUAAAAGCAACCCAUAAAAGCAGUUAAAUCACCUGCAUCUAGAAAAUUACAGCUUGAGCAUAGUACCUCGAGAUGGUGUUUGGUAGAUAGCUGGAUGAAUAAGGUUAGAUAGAUAGGUAAAUACACAACAUCUAUCUAUAACUAUAUGCACUAUCUGAUAUGGAUUACAUACUG